AUGACAAUACCUGAAACAAAGAAUGAGUCCGUGAGGACAUUUGAACCAUUCUAUCUCACCUGCUUAGAUCACACUGUGGGACCGAUUUUCAUGAAUUUCUUCAUAUCGUUCCGCUGCAGCAACAUCGAAGAAUGCCUCGUUACCAUCAACCAGGGAAUUUCUGGUCUUAUAGAUAGGCUCCCUUUUUUGAGCGGAGAUGUCAUUGAAACGACCACACCAAAUGGCAGGAGGAAUGUAAUGCAGGUCGUGCCUUCCUCAAUUCUGAUCCACGAAGUUCCUAUGAUUUCCACGAAACAUCACCCCCACCACGUCAUCCCAAAUACACCACGCCAAAGCAAAGGAAAAGUUCAUACGACCGAGAUAUUUGCAUCUCUUGACGACUCAUAUGUUCCUCCAGUCUCCUUGUUGCCCCAAUCACCAGGCCCGAGGCCCGUUUUCCGUCUCCAGGUCAAUGUCCUCGCGGAUGGACUUGUUCUAGCGAUAGGGUUCCACCACAGGGUAUUUGAUGGUACAGGAGUCGGGCUGUUGAUCGAAAUGCUAGCCCAGUGCUGUCGCAGCCCCGGCUCACUGGGUUUGACACGCUCAAGUGAGCUGAAGGAUGAGAUUAAUUUGAGACGUCUGGUUGACGAUACUGGGAUCUUAACAGCCGGGUCACCCUGUUGGCACAAAGAAGAAGGCCAGAACAGCAAGAUAGAGACGCCAACGGCAGGUUCGAAAGGGGUCCUGCCGAAACUGGAUAUCUACUCUUUUCAAUUCUCGGCUGCGACCAUCGCACAGCUCAAGACCGCUUGCAACGGAGUAUUGUCGGAUAUCCUGUCCCGACAGUAUGAUGACGCGCGGUCUAUGGGUGAAUCAAAAGAUUCUAGGCCAAAAUUCAUCUCCACCAAUGACAUGUUCACCGCUCUAGUUGCACUAGACAUGUAUAAAGCUCGAAGCGACCAGAUCAAAGACGGUCAAACCGACCCCAACCCAGAGAUGAUCAUGGUUGUCGACCUGCGUGAGAAACUUGCCUCCCUCCCAAGUACUUAUCUUGGGAAUGCUGUCUCUGUCGUUACAGCAAUUGCGCACUCCCAUGAUGGGAUUCUUAACACGGCUUCGACAAAGAGACAACAUCCGACCAUAGGCAAUACCGAACUUCUCGAAAUCACAGCACUGGCACUGCAGCUUCGCCAAAAUCUCGCCUUGAUCGACGACGCACAUGUGCGCGAGGAUCUAGCACGCCUGACAAGGAAACAGGAUUGGAGCCAAAUGCGUGCACGCCUCCCGGACACGAUGUUGUCAAGUUGGCGACACCUCAAGGUGUAUCAUUUGGAUUUUGGCCCAGCUCUAGGUCGAGUUGUUGAGUUCAACCCCCGCGCUGCGCUUCUGGACGGCUUGUGUAAUAUCCAGCCUGAGCGUGCGGGUGAUGGGUUUGGAGAGAAGGCCGGGUGGGAGGCUUAUGUUACGCUACAAUCUAAUGUUAUGGGAUCAUUGCUUCGAAAUGGGUUAUUGAGUACUUUGUCACAGGACAAAGUUGCAAGAUAUAUUUCAUAA